UUCUGUUGCUCAGCAGCUUCCCACGGGCUGUAGCUGCACUGCCUUUCUGCCUUUUCCUCAAAUUCUGCUCUUGCCCCAAUAAUACAUGCCCUAGGCAUGGCUGGUCCUUUCUGCUGUUUUUGGAUUUUCUGACAAUUCUUGAUCAUUCUCCUUUAUUCCAUCUCACCUUUCACCUCUUGGGUCAGACCCAGCACAGUCUGGCCCCCUUGAAGCAAGAGUCUCUUGUCCCCACAAAGGAGAUGACCACUUCCUUCCCUUAAACGCUCCAGAUCAUCACUGAGUUUGUACUUGGUUGGAAUGAGCUGCGGAUUUCAUCCUGCUUAUGUUCAGCUGAAGCUCGGAGGAUGUGGGGUCGCCAGCUGAUUCACCUGCUCUCUAGCUCCCAGCGGCUACUGAAGAAAAGUCCCAGGUGCCGGGUGCCAUGGCUGCUCAACUUCAGGAAAACCCUUCCAAGUCUGACCCGUUGGCAUCACACAGCCCCAGAGUCGCUGAAGUCUGCCUGGCAAUUAAACGAUGAUCACUUGGAGCUGAAAUAUGGGGAUGUCCUCAUGCGCUUUGACUACGUCUGGCUACGUGAUCACUGCCGCUCGGCUUCCUGCUACAAUACCAAGACCAACCAGCGCAGCUUGGACACAGCCAGUGUGGAUCUGUGCAUCAGGCCAAAGAGCGUCCGUGUGGAUGAAACAACACUCUUUCUUACCUGGCCAGAUGGCCACGUGACGAGGUACGGGUUGGAAUGGCUGCUGAAGAACAGCUACGAAGGGCAGAAGCAGCAGGUCAUGCAGCCACGCAUUCUCUGGAAUGCUCAGAUCUACCGGGAAGCCCAAGUGCCCUCAGUGGACUGCCAGAGCUUCCUGGAGACCAACGAGGGCCUGAAAGAGUUCCUGCAGAACUUCUUGCUCUACGGGAUCGCAUUUGUGGAAAACGUCCCCCCAACCAAAGAAGACACCGAGAUCUUAGCAGAGAGGAUCAGUUUGAUCAGGGAGACUAUCUACGGCAGGAUGUGGCACUUCACCUCUGACUUCUCCCGGGGAGACACAGCGUACACCAAGCUGGCUUUGGACCGUCACACAGAUACCACUUAUUUCCAGGAACCCUGUGGCAUCCAGGUGUUUCACUGCCUCCGGCACGAAGGGACAGGUGGUCGUACAUUGCUUGUGGAUGGCUUCUACGCAGCAGAGCAGGUGCUCCAGCAAGCCCCGGAUGCCUUUGAGCUCCUCACCAAGGUGCCACUGAAGCACGAAUAUAUCGAGAAUGUGGGGGGCUGCCACAACCACAUGAUUGGGGUUGGGCCUGUCUUGAAUGUCUACCCCUGGAACAACGAGAUCUACUUGAUCAGGUACAACAACUACGACCGAGCCGUCAUUAACACGGUGCCUUACGACACUGUGCACCGCUGGUACAGCGCACACCGCACUCUCACCGCCGAGCUAAGGAGACCAGAGAAUGAGCUCUGGGUGAAGCUGAAGCCGGGCAAGGCCCUGUUUGUGGACAACUGGCGAGUUCUGCACGGCCGGGAGUCUUUCACAGGUUACCGCCAGCUCUGCGGCUGCUACCUGACGAGAGAUGAUGUGCUGAAUACAGCCCGCUUCCUGGGGCUGCAAGCCUAGCUUGACCUGGGCUUCCGGAAUUUAGGGAAUUGCGGAUCCAGGAAUGAGAGAGCUUUUCGCAAUAUACCUCACAGACUUGACCUUCUGCUCGCAAGAGGAGGAGAGUUCCCCAUGGGAUUACUUGAUUGUCAGCCAGCCCAUGCAGUUUAUUUGCCUUUCCCCCCACCCCACACAUACACUAUCCCAGUUUUUUGGUCUUUUGUUGUCCAACUCCCUUUGGCCUUCACGGCACAAUGGACACAUUUGGUGCAGGAAGGAAUCAAAGUCCGCUGCAGCACUCGAGGUGCCAGAUCUUGUUGUGCCUUUUUGCUGUUGUAACUGAACUAUAAUGCUAACCUUGGUCAGUGGGCAUUCUUUACACUGGCACUCCAUAGUUUUGCUGACCACAGGACAAGUGAGUGUCCUUAGAAGUGUGGGGAGAGAAUUCUCUCCACCUCCACCAGUCUUCAAACACCUUCAAAAAUACACAAGUGCCAGGUGUUGGAAGCUUUUAGGGUUGUCCCCAUUGCCUGCUGAUGGCUCAAACCUGCCAUAUUGAUAGGAAAGCAGCUACAGGAAAUUUUGUGGCGAGGGAGGAGAGCUGCAUGGCUAGAGCCAGGUAACUAUGCUGGGGGUCCUUCCUUACCAGAUCUGCAAACGACAGUUUGUGCGCAGUGAUAUCUUCCCCUUCCCCAUAUCCUGCGUUGUUUUUCUUUUGCCAUGAUAGCUCCUCCUAGUCCAUGAUAGCUGCCCUUUCUUCAUUUUGGUUCUUGAAUAUAUAUUUUUUGCCUUGUGCUUUUUCUUUUCUUUUCUUUUCUUUUUGCUUUGGCCUUCCAAGGAUUUACUCCUACUUCGUUGAUAGCCUCUCACCUUGUGAGCAAUAGGAAAGUAAUUGAAUUAGGAGCAGUGGCACUGUCAGGGCAGGACUCUGGGGCAGAGGUCAUGGUCCCCACAGCAAAAUGAGCAUGGAGGCCGACAGACGUGGCAGCAGGACUGACUUUCCACAUUUUUGAAGUUACUGGAACAAGAUGAAUGACCAUCUAAAGUGAGGAAGGAUUCCCAGCUGUGGUUUCUUUGGUUAAAAAUAAUAAUGAGGUGCUGGUACUCAUAUCUAGUACCAAGGAUGCCAGCACAAAACAAGGCAAUGUUCCUCCAUACAGGUGGGAAAAAGCACUGACUUCCCAUAAGACCAGUGGUGGGCCUACAUUUCUGGGGCCCUGACGCUUGCUCUGUUAUGGGGGCCCCUUUGAAACCAGGAACGAGGUAUGGGUAACCACGGUUGACUUCCUCAAUAGGGUUGUUUCAUGACACAUCACUGCAAUUAAAAAUUCAUAAUUCAACUACUGCAUCUCAUAUUUUGAUUGAAAUUGCUAUCCCGCGACACUCCACCUUUGCAGCAUUUGUGCUACUGACUCUCAAACUUUGGGAUUGUUGAAAAAUUAAUUGAUUUGACUUGUGCAGCUGCACUAAAGUCCCUUCUGGAGCCCCUCUGGGAUUAAGGGUCCUGAAGCUUAAACUUUACUAGUUGCAUAGUAGAUUGGCCCUGCAUAAGACCAUUAAGUCCAGCAUCUAAAAUUAACCAUCAGCACUGCUGUUUCGAGGGAAGGCCUGAAGCAGUUGAGCCCUGUUCUAGAAAAUAUCUCAAGAAAAAAGAAAGAAAGAAAGCCAACUUCCUUAAAUUCUGCACUCCUUGAGUUGGGAAUCUCUCUGCUGGCUGAGCAACUUACCAGUUUUGUUUUUCUACUAUGGGCCUUUCUCAGUAGCUGCCUUUUGUACCAGUAGAAAUAGGAAUAGCACAUGGAGGACACUUCUGCUAGAAUUCAAGUGAAUGUCUUAAGUGAAGAAACUGUGCCCAACCACCUCACUGCCUGUACAAAAUAGCUUUUUUGGGCCACGAACAAAGGAAUCUGUGUAUGUGCAGAUGAGGUAUGAAUGUAAGCCAUUCACCAGGAGUACCUUAUGGGUCCUACCAGCAGAGUGGGACUUCUUCCUCUCAUGUUGCAGUUCUUGGCCAGGACAAAGUUGGGAUAUCAAGGGCUGCUCUUUCUGGUGACACAGGAAGUCAUUACCUGCCAUUGCACGAGCCCCUCAAGUAGCAGCUAAAGAACCACUUUUUCUGUCCCUGAAUUGAAUGUAAACUUCCUGCCACCCAGCCCACAUUGGAUUUGCAUCCAUGCUUCAGUUGUUAAUCAUGGCUAACAAUGCAACACUUAUUUACAGAUGCAGACUCCUUGCCUAUGUCUUCAGUUCACACAGUUCAGUCUUUUUUAAAA